AUGUGCUUCAAAUCUACACAACCCAUCACGCUCUACUGGAAUGUUUAUUCAUCCUCCUUCUUUUUGAGACAUCCCCCCAUUUUGACGUAUGCAGGCGGGUACGACGGUCCAGUCUACGUUCAUGCCAUAAUUCAGGCCCUCUUCUUCACUUCGCAGCCGAGCUACACAAACUUUCAACUGCCAAACCCCACGGCCCGGCAAGCCAAGUAUUGGUCUGCACAGCCUCACUCAUCCACGCAAGCAGCAACAUCCUCAACACGUACGUGUAUGGCCAAACAGCGCCACGGGACCUGCCACCUACAUCGCGUGCGGUGUACAUUACACACUUUUCCCUUCGGCCUCCCGUCGUCUAGUGGGGAACUCCCAAGACGCCAGACAAAAGAGGCCACGCAAAUCAACCCCUCUUUAGCAUUCACUUACAGAUACCUGCGCUUGCUGACAACGUUCUUCAAUGCUCGCGACAAUGUCUGGAAUGGUUGCUAUUGGGUGCCCGCGCACUGCGCGUACACAAUGGCGCGGUUUUCUACCAAUGCUUGCUCUGCCUUGCGCCAUUCUACACUUGCUUGA